GCCAUGUUGCCGGCUUGAUUUUACAGCAGAGCAGGCGUCAGGGGAUUGCUUUCUGUGCUGUGAGCGCUACUGCAGGGUGCUGUGAGGAGAACAUGGGUGAGCCAGGAAGCCACAGCAUGAAUGCAGUGACCUAUGAUGAUGUGCACAUUGACUUCACUCGGGAUGAGUGGGCCUUGCUCAAUCCUUCUCAGAAGAGUCUCUAUAAAGAUGUGAUGCUGGAGACAUACAGGAACCUCACAGCCAUAGGCUAUAGUUGGGAAGAUCAUAAUUUCAAAGAACAUUGUCAAAGUGCUAGAAGACAUGGAAGUUAUCUUUGCAGGUAUGAAAGAAGCCAUACCGGAGAGAAACCCUCUGAAUAUACACAAUGUGUUAAAUCCUUUGCAUGUUACAGUUUUCUUCACAGGCAUGAAAAAAUUCAUUCUUCAGAGAACCCAUAUGAUUGUAUUCAACAUGAUGAAGCCUUGGCAUGUCGCAGUUGUCCUCAAAUAUUUAAAAGAACACAUGCUGGAGAGAAACACUAUGAGUGUAAUCAAUGCAGUAAAGUUCUUGCCAGUCAUGGUCAGCUUCAAAAACAUAAAAAACCACAUUCUGGGAAGAAACCCUACACAUGCAAUCAAUGUGAUAAAGCCUUGUCACAGAACUAUACUCUCCAACUACACCAAAGAACAUAUACUGGAGAAAAACCUUAUCAGUGUAAUCAAUGUAGUAAAGCAUUUGCAAGUCAUGACCUGCUUCCCAGACAUGAAAGAACACAUAGUGGAGAGAAGCCCUUUGAAUGUAAUCAAUGUGAUAAAGCUUUUUCACGGCGCUCUGGACUCCAAAGACAUGAAAGAAUACAUACUGGAGAGAAACCCUAUGAAUGUACUGAAUGUGGUAAAGUCUUUGCAUAUAAUCAUCAUCUUCAAGUACAUAAAAGAACACAUACUGGAGAGAAGCCCUUUGAAUGUAAUCAAUGUGAUAAAGCCUUUUCACAGAACAGUGCUCUCCGCAUACAUCAAAGAACACAUACUGGAGAGAAACCUUAUCAAUGUAAUCAAUGUGAUAAAGCUUUUUCACAACUUAGUAGUCUCAAAACACACAAAAGAACACAUACUAGAGAGAAACCGUAUGAAUGUAAUGAAUGUGAUAAAGCCUUUUCACAGGUUAGUAGUCUCAAAAAACACAAAAUAACACAUACUAGAGAGAAACCAUAUGAAUGUGAUGAAUGUGAUAAAGCCUUUUCACAACUUAGUAAUCUCAAAGCACAUAAAAAAACACAUACUUUACAUGAAACCUAUGAAUGAAAUCAAUGUUGUAAAGACUUUUCACAACUUAGUAGUCACCAAAAUCAUUAAAGAACACAUACUGAAGUGAAUUCUUAUGAAUGUAGUCAAUAUGAUAAAGCUUUUGCAUGUGAUGGCCAGCUUCACAGAGAAAAAAAACACAUACAAAAGAGAAGCCCUUUGAAUGUAAGCAAUGUGGUAAAGAUUUUUCACAGAGCUCUCAACUUUAAAUACAGAAAGAAAAAAAAAAACCCUAGGAAUGUCAUCAAUGUGAAAAAGCCUUUUAAUAUGUUAGUAGUCUCCAACGUCACAAAAGAAUACAUACUGGAGGGGCUGGAGAGAUGGAUCAGAGGUUAAGAGCAUUGCCCGCUCUUCCAAAGGUCCUGAGUUCAAUUCCCAGCAACCACAUGGUGGCUCACAGACAUCUGUAAUGGGGUCGGGUCUGGUGCCCUCUUCUGGCCUGCGGGCAUACACACAGACAGAAUAUUGUAUACAUAAUAAAUAAAUAAAUAGAAUACAUACUGGAGAGAAAGCUUAUGACUGUAAUCAAUGUAAAGUCUUUACAUCCACCAAGGAACACAUGUUGAAUAUAAACCCUACAAAUUUAGCUAAUGUGGUAAAGCAUUUAUAUGUGUCAUUAGGCUUUGAAAUCUUGAGAAAAAAAAAGCUGCAGUGAAACUCUUUUUUUUUUUUGAGACAAAGUUUUUCCAUAGUAUUACAGUCUAUUUUUGUACUCACCCAUAGAAGAGGCUCACCUUGCACUCAGAGAUUUGUCUGUCUCUGCCUCUCUAGUGCUAGAUUAGAGGGGUGUGCCACCACUGUCUGACCAGAGGAACUCUUUAAGUAUAAUGAGUGUGGUAAAGUUUCCCUCUUCUUGGUAGGCUUUAUACAAGAGUAAAACUUUUAGUAAAUAAUAGGUCUUUUAAAGCCUUUGCAUAUCACAGUACUCUUUGAGGACUUGAGAAGAUUCAUAUUGAAGGGAAUGUGACUAUACAUGAUUGGUAAUAUUUUCAGGCAGCAUACAUUUAUGUAAAUAAAAUUGUAAAGAAAAACAUCUUCAAGUGUCAGCCAUCUGUUGAGUUUUCUACUUUGUUUGUACCAGUAAAAUUAUAUGGAUAGUUGUUCUGUGAAUUCAUUGAUUUCACACUUCUUCAAUUACAUAAAUGCACUUAUCCAAAUGUAAAAUUUUUUAGAUGUGUAUGAGGGCCUCUUAUGUGUCUGUGAUAAAGCAUAAUGUCUAAGUCAAUUUUUUAAUUUAGAGUUUAAUUUGACUUUGGGUUCCAGAGGUUUACAGGAUCACCAUGAAAAUGUCAUGAAAAAAAAAAGAAAAUGUCAUGAAAACAUGUUCAGAACUCACAUCCUCUUUCUGUAGCAGGAACCAGGGGUAGGAACUUGAAAUGAUGUGUGGAUGUACACCCUUAGCCACAACCCCCAUGGCAUAUUUCUUCCAGGGGUACUGUGUUUCCUAAAUCUUCCCAAAUGAUGCCAACAAUUUAGAAAGAUUAAUUUCUCUAACUUCAAGUCUACAUGCUUGCCUUUUCUUACACGAACCCAUUCUUGUUGAAGAAAAACUCUGUAAGUAAACCUUUAAAUGCCUUAGCAUGUGGGUUACAGGGAUGAAUGCCUAUUAGAGAAACAUUCAUGACUGAAAAUUGCAGUCUGUUUUUGGUAUAUUUGAUAAUAAUUUUAUUUAAUUUUAAUUGUGUGAUGUCCUUGUGUUUGCGUGGUAUAUGAAUGUUCAUGCUUCUUCCCAAGAAGGUUAAACCCUUGUGUAUUCCUGAAGUAAGAAGUACAGGAAGUUCUCAAAAACCUGAUAAAUAAACUGAAUAUAACUGCUUUUUCAUGUUUCUAGGCCUGUAAAUAUUUUUGAAACUUUUUAAUCAUCUUGAUAUCAGUGAAGAACUCAUACAAAAGACAAACCUUCCUCAUGUAAAUUAUUUGUUAUAGACUUUAGAUAUCACAGUUGGCAUAGUCUCAAGAAAUUUUUGUCUCAUGUGUUUUUCAUAAUUAUUUACUAUCAUCAUUCAAGACUAAUGAUAGAGAUGACCGCAUUAUGUUUUCUAAUUUGCAAUGUCGGAGAUAGAUAUUAAAGUGUUCUAUAGGUUUAGCGAAUCCAUUAAGUGAAGGUUAUUUUGUGGUCUUUGUAUUCCUGCUGUGGCUGGUUUUACUGAGAGAUAGGUAAUUUUCUGCUGAAAUAUAUAGAAUGAGAUGCCCAUCAUCUAAGUGUUACAUUGUUCACUAAAUAUCAGGCAGUGUUUGAUCAUGCUUUUCAAGGGUGUCUGUGAAAGGGGAGGUAAUUGUUUUUCUUUGUUUUGUUUUCCAUAUCUUUACAAAUUUCCUUGAAAUGUUA